AUGUUCCAACCCUCAAUUGGAACCAACUUCUCAAAAUGGAAAGAGAAAGUUGAGUUCACAUUAGAAGUACUAGAUUUGGACUUGGCACUUCAUGAAGAGGAGCCAAGUCCACUUACUGACACUAGUAGUGAGGAAGAAAAAAUUCUCCAUAAGGCUUGGGAGAGAUCGAACAGACUGAGCAUUAUGUUCUUUAGCAUGACAGUUGCUAGUAACAUCAAAUCUUCCCUUCCACCUAGUGAAAAAGCUAAGGCUUAUCUUGAUACACUAGCAGAACGAUUUAAGACUGCAGACAAAUCCCUUGCUGGGAAACUUAUGGCAGAUCUUACCACUAUGAAGCAUGAUGGCACAAGGUCUAUGCAUGAUCAUUGCAUGGAUAUGAUUAACCUUGCGGCUAAGCUUAAGGGUUUAGGAAUGAGUGUGGAUGAUUCAUUUCUUUUCCAAUUUAUCCUAAACUCUGUACCUCCUCAAUAUGGGCCAUUCCAAAUUCAUUACAACGCCAUAACUCAAAAGUGGACGUCUAAUGAAUUGGCUAAUAAAUUGGUACAAGAGGAAUCUAGACUUGACCGUGAAGGUAUAAAAGUUGUCCAUUAUGCCCAUGGUGCACUACAAGAAAACAGACUAUUUACGACUACAGUUGGCGACUACAAACGCAGUCGCUAA